AGUCAUAAAUCCUAUGUUUAUGUUUACGAAUGUAUCAAAAAAGAUGUUUUGCUCGGCUCUAUAUCCGGCGGCUCUGAUAUAAUAUCAUGUUUUGCGGGACAAAACCCGACAAUUGCCGUGCAUUCUGAGCAAAUACAGGCCAGGAAUCUAGGAAUGGCUGUCCAGUGCUUUGAUUCAACAGGAAAAGCGGUGUACGACCAGAAGGGAGAGUUGGUUUGUGUUAAACCCUUCCCAUCGAUGCCCACAAUGUUUUGGAACGAUCCGAAUGGAGACAAAUACAGAAAUGCAUAUUUUUCACACUUUAAAGGUGUUUGGACUCACGGAGACUUUUGCAUAAUAAAUGGUGAAACAAAUGGCAUUCAAAUGUUGGGCAGAAGUGAUGGCACAUUGAAUCCAAAUGGUGUCCGAUUCGGGAGUUCAGAGAUUUAUAGUAUAAUUGAUUUGAUAGAAGAAGUAGAGGACAGCGUUUGUGUCUCGCAGUAUAAUCACGCCAACGAAGAAAGGGUUGUCUUGUUUUUGAAAAUGAAAAAUAGUUAUCAAUUCAAUUCAGAGAUCGUAUCGAAAAUCAAAACUCUAAUCAGAGAUCGAUUGUCGCCGAGACAUGUGCCGAGUCUUAUCCUUCAAGUGCCAGACAUUCCCUAUACAAUCAAUGGUAAGAAGAUUGAAGUGGCCGUCAAAAUGAUAAUCGCUGGCAAAGAGGUGACCAAUAAGAAUGCGAUCGCGAAUCCAGAAUCUCUUGAAUACUUUAAAAAUCGAGAAGAAUUGAGAAAUUACUGAACGAAUUGUUUGCUUUUAUAGAUAUUUUGUAUUAUAAUAAAUUAAUUAUUAAUUUUGCGAAA